AUGAUUGCGGGUGGGCCUCUGUACACUGCUAUGGUCUCGGCUCGAUUGGAGACCCCUAAUAACGCGGCGAGGGGCCUCGGAAUGGUGGUUGGCGAAGCAAUCUCCGCCCUGAUUCACAACCCAGAACAGCGACUAAACUUUGACAUGUCCGAAACCGACUCUGCAGACAGCAGGCGACUCAAGAGCCUCACCAAGGUCAACGAUAAACUUGGUCCCGUCAAGCCUCUUUUAGCGACCAAGGAACUUCCCAAAACGAACCCUAGUCCCGUCUACAUCAAACAGAAACCCAAGAAACCUAAGCCAACGGCCCCUCCUUCCCAGAAGUCAAAGUUGAUUAUAGAAGAGGUUGGCUCAAGCGAUGAUGACAUUACACCUUACGACAAACCCGACUCGGAUGACGAAGACUCUGAAGAGGAUCCCACACUUGUUCGGCGGGAUAACGUCAAAGCCCCCGUCUAUAUACGCAAUUUGAUAGUGUACCUCCGCGACAUCGACAGCUACGAUAAGCAAAAGAUUGGCUUAAAGACGGCCCCAUCUCUCAUCCGCAGAAAGGCCAAUUUCGGAGACGAAGUGCGCGAUCACGCCGAGGAGUUGGCCACUCUUUUUGUAGGCCUGCAGGACAAGUACGACAUGGAAGACUUUUACGAGCUGCGUCUCGAAAGCAUGGUAUCGCUCGUCGUCGCCCUUCCCAAGUCAAUGGGGCCGUGGUUUAUCAAGAGCUUUUUCCAAGGCGACUUUUCUCUGUCGCAAAGGGGCGUUAUCCUCGCCGCGCUGGGCAUUGCCACCAGAGAACUCGGGGGCUUCCAACAGUCGGCGUACGCAGCAGGCGCCUCGUUUCCCUCCAAGAAACUUACGGAGAAGAUGGACCGCCUUUUUCUUGGCCCCUCCAGCUCUGAUCAGGCCUCAGCCUCGGGCUCCAACCUCAAGGCCCUGCCUCCAACCGCCUUGGACGGUAUAGCAAAGUCGAUGGCGACCUCCUUCCUAGGGCCCUUGGCGGCCGAAGCCGCCGACAAGGCAACCGGCCCCGACGCGCUCAAGCUUUCCACCUUGAAGAGCAAGGUGAAGAGGGCGACGAACAACAAGACCGGAACCCCCAACAUAUCAUCCAAAGUCAUCGCGGCCUACAUCCUCCGCCCCUUGGUCGAGCGCUACCAGUAUGCCAUUAGCGUCAAGGGUUCCCGCAUGGCCCGCAUCCUCGCGGAGCCCUACCUCCUCACGACCUACCUCAAGACCGUCGCCGUCGCAUACCACGCGGGCGGGCCUGCCAUGCCCGACCUUUUGGAUCUCACCAAUCUCGCGUGGGACGCGUUGGGGCCGCAGAUCACGGACACGAUUGAGUGGCUCAACCAACUGCUCACCAUUGUCAGAGGCGGCGAGCAAGAGGAGGACGAUGUCAGACUACUAGCGUCCGGCGUCAUGGUUCGUCUCCACCAAAUAGUCGAGAAAUAUCGGAUGAAUCUCAUGGGGGCGGUGUAUUAG